AGUUUGUUUAUUUUUGUUGCUCGCACAUACUAAGUAAAUCAUGAAACCAAAACCAAAUGCACAGAGAAGUGCAGGUAGCUCUGCAAAAAACAAUUUUAAAUCACAAAAACAAAAGCCCAACUUCAAGCGCAAGCAUGGCGACAAUAAACAAAAAAAGGCGGAUAAGCCCAACAAGCCUGAAAUACGGAAAAUGAUACGCCAACAAAAAGCUGCCGCCGCACAGGCUGAACGUGAGCGUGUGAAAGCGGAGAAGGAGGCGCGCAUCAAGCAGUACAAAAAGCAGCGCCUGGAGAAAACCAAAAUCAUCAGCAAACGCACCCAACGUGGCCAGCCGCUGAUGAAGGAUCGGAUGCAGUUGCUGCUGAAGCAAAUCGAGGAGAUGAAGCGGCGCUGAUUACCACGGGUAAACGCAAAGGAUAGAUUCCAUAAUAACGGCCUACAAAUACUUAUAAAUUAAGAUCUAAUAUUAAGUGUUUUCUAUAGAAUAUAAGACUGCAGUAAGAGAACUCGCCACUUAACUUUUUAAAUCUUGUUUAUGCUAAUUAAAUUCCUGCAAUUACAAACAAAACAAA